AUGGUUGUCGCGAGUGCAAGCAGCGGCAUAUCCGGUGUGAUGAAACGAAGCCAUACUGUUCACGGCCGCGAUUGCCACUAUGAUGCUGCUGGGGUGAAUAUGCGCCGCGGAGGCACGUUAUCAGGUGCAGAUAUUAUGGAAGUAGACCUUUUCAAAGUCUUACCGAUCCCUAUGCCGUUCGAAUCGAUGCAGCUGCUGCACCACGCAACUCAUUUCCGCCUCUUGACCACAACUGUCGUGGCAAAAAAUCCCAACUCUAGCAUAGCUGGUUUGGUUAUGCACAAUGCGGCCACGUUUAGAUCAUUCCUUCUCAUCGCUGGCAUACAUCACGUUUGGUCCGGUGGUUCGCUGCAAGCUAUCGAAGAGACGAUGCUGCACCACAAACUCGAAGCAAUUCGCGUCGUCAACGGCAUGAUUGGAGAUCCCUUACUGUGCCACAGCGAUGCAUGUAUAACCUCCAUGGUUAGCUUGGCGAUGGUUGAGGCUGCACUAGGAGAUACAAAGACAGCCGAAGCCCAUUUGAAAGCGCUGGCAGGGCUUUUCGAUGAGCGCCGUCUUGACCGAGUCAAGUACAGGCUGUUCGGCCUAGUCGAAAGGAUCAUUCUACUAGCUGCUAGCCUGGUUGCUGCAUCGAAAGACAAAAAGGAAAAUGAGCCCCAUUCCUUUGUUGUCGAGCCGCGCCAGGUUUCAGAGCGGCGCUAUUACUACACACGACCAACGCGGCCUGUGUUCAGCGCUGUUCCGUUCCUCACUAUCCAUCUAUCGCCCUUCUAUCACUCCACACCACCAGACAUUGAAGCCUGCAAUGCAGACGCUGAAUGCGAAAUCAUUGCUACGACGUUACGAAGAUUGUCUUCUCCUCCCCAACGCCAAGAUCCCGAAGGCAGUGAUAACAAACAUGCAUCAUCGUCAAGUGCCAAAGGGGAUGCUUGGGAAACCCUUCGAGAAGAUGCAGAAGCAUAUGUUGGCUCUCUACUCUUUAAACCUUCUCCACCAGCCCAGAACGACAGAAGAGGCUCCGGAGACUACAGUCAGGAUCCGACGUCCGGUUCAAGAUCACCUAACUCGCAGCAUGGAGCAGAUGAAUCUGAGGAUGCAGAGAGUCAUUUCAUCAACCUUUCCGAGCAACCUUUUGUUAAUCUCCCAGCAGUCAUCUUUCCAUCCACAUCGCGGGCUUGGGCGUGCGCCGCAUACCUCUAUCUCCAUUUGGUGGCGGACCACAUUCCAGUGAUUCCACAACGACGUCGUAAUUUCGGCACAACAAUGAACAUAGACAUGCACCUGCAGCGCUGGCUGAUAGACACUUUACACCAAGACCUUGAUCACACCCAGGACGCGAUGCGAAUCGGAGCGCAUAGCUCAGAGUUAUGGCUGUGGAAGGCUAUACUCGGUGCGUACGCACUAGAAAAAUCUCGCAAAGGGCGUUUCACCAACGAGGGUGAGAGCGAUGAUGAUGAGGACGAAAUAUUAGCCAGGUUUGCGAAUAGAAUGGCAUUUGAUAGAGGGGCAGAGAAGGAUAAAGACAUGGAGCUCUGUUACUAG